AUGGGCUUCUUCACCGACGUCUAUGACCUCUUCUGCAUCUCGCUCGUCACCAAGCUGCUCGACCACGUCUACUACGCCGACCCCACCAAGCCAGACCCGGGCACGCUGCCGCCCAACGUCGCGGCCAUGGUGAACGGCGUCGCACUGUGCGGGACACUCGCGGGGCUUGGCCGGAAGAACGUCUACGGCAUAACGCUGCUGCUCAUGGUGGUCUGCUCCCUCGCCUCCGGGCUCUCGUUCGGGAGCACGCCCACCGGCGUCAUGGCCACGCUCUGCUUCUUCUGCUUCUGGCUCGGCUUGUCUAUCGGCGGCGACUACCCGCUCAGUGCCACCAUCAUGUCCGAGUACGCCAACAAGAAGACCCGCGGCAGGUUCAUCGCCGCCGUCUUCGCCAUGCAGGGAUUCGGCAUCCUCGCCGGCGUCAUCGUCACGCCGGGAACUCCAAGCAGGCCGCCUCCGACAUGUCCAGGGUGCUGCAGGUGGAGAUCGAGGCGGAGGCGGAGAAGCUGGAUGAGAUUACCAGCGGCGACCGGUGAGGACUACGGCCUGCGCUCGGAGACAAGAAAGGAGAGACGAGAACUCGGAGAUAAGGGGCAGAUAAGCUAG